AAUUCCUUAAUGCAUAUUACAUAAUGAUAGUAAAACCAAUAAAUCCGAGUGAAGACAAAUAAAAGGGGGAGAAAUCUUAUCUAAAACCAGUGCUAGAAAUUUGGAAAAGAGCAAGAAAUGAGAUCCGCAGCUAUGGUUUUCCCGUCGGCAAGGGGAGCAGCCGCAGCCUGUUCACCUCUCAAUCGCCCCACUUCGACCCUCCGUUUUAUGGAUAUGAGCACCAAUAUUUCCACACAGACCGCCAUGAUGAUAUCGAAGAAACCACUUGUGUCUUCGCCUCCUUCUUUCGCAGUGGCUGCUCGCACCAGCUAUUCAACUAUUUUAAUGAUAAAAGAGAGGAGGUUGAUUUCAUGCGAAGUUGCAUCCCCUACAUCAUCAUCGUCAACAACCCUCGCGCAAGGAGAAGGAGAAGAGCCCGCAGUAGGUGAAAAUAAGAUUGGAGCUAGGGUUAAAGUGAAGGUUCCCCUGAAGGUAUACCAUGUUCCUCGGGUCCCCGAAGUAGAUCUGACCGGUAAAGAAGGUCAUCUCAAGCAGUACGUCGCCCUCUGGAAAGGCAAAAGAAUAUCUGCCAAUCUCCCUUACAAGGUUGAGUUUUUGGUUGACAUCGAAGGCCGCGGCCCUGUCAAGUUUUUUGCCCAUCUCAAGGAGGACGAGUUUGACUUCCUUGAUUGAUUUGUCCUUUUAUAGUUUCAUGUGCUUCCCCUUUCAGACCAGGCAAUUACUUUCUCCCUCUCUAUAAGUAUAUAUAUUCUCUCUUUCAAAUUAAGCAUACUCCUAAUUCUAUUCAAGUCCAGUAUGUAGUUUACCUGGCUUGAUCCUUUUUGUUUUUCCACUUUUAUCUCGUCUGUACCAACUUAAGAUGUUAUCAUCAUCGUCAUCUUUUGUUUCUUGUCAUCAAACUACAGAUAUGUGACUGAGAACACUUUUUCCGCUA